AUGAAGAAUCAACAAAAGCAAUACAACAUUCACAAAGCCUUCUUGUUCUGCAACUACAUCCUCUUAUCAUUAUCCUCUAGUUGCAUCUUCCUCACUCUCUCCCUAAACCUCUUCCCUUCAAUCUGCGGCUUCUUCUUGAUCCUCCUCCACGCAUUCACAAUCGCCGGAGCUGUUUCCGCCUCGGCCUCAUCCUCGUCCUCCCUAACCACCAUCACUCGCUGGUACUCUGCACACAUGGUUGUCACUGUGUUAACUGCCAUUUUUCAAGGCUCGGUUUCUGUCAUGGUUUUUACUAGAACUGAGGAUUUUCUUGCGGAGUUGAAGUCGUAUGUGAGGGAAGAAGAUGCUUGUGUUAUACUGAAACUGUGUGGUGGACUUGCUGGGGUGAUAUUUUUGUUGGAGUGGGUUGUUUUGACGUUGGCGUUUUUCUUGAAGUGUUAUUCGGAUGAUGGAGAUGGUGUUGCUGGUAUGAGGAGUGGUAAGGUUCAGAGUGAAGAGGAACUGAAGGAUUGGCCAUGA